AUGUGUGAUCUUUUUGUAUUGUUCAAUGGUUACUCUAAAUUGUGUAAUGAUAAGGAGAUGUUAGCAAACUGUAGUUGCUCAUUGAUAUUAGGAGAUCAUAAUAUUAUAGUGGAUACUAUGACAGCAUGGGAUUCUGACAAAAUAAUUACAGCUUUGGCGGGCUACAACAUUUUACCUGAUAUGAUACAUUAUGUUAUUUCAACGCAUGGUCAUUCUGAUCACAUAGGAAACAAUAAUCUUUUCCUGAAGGCAAAACAUAUAGUUGGAUACAGUGUUUCAUAUAAAGAAAAGUACUUUUUGCACCCUUUUGAAUCAGGUGAAAAAUAUUAUAUAAACGAAAAUGUUGAAGUACUCCCAACUCCUGGGCAUACUCUAUCAGAUGUAACAGUUCUUGUAAAAACAAAAGAAGGAACUGUUGCUGUAGCAGGUGAUCUAUUUGAAAAUUCUGAAGAUAUAGAAAAUCCUACCAUAUGGAUGUCAGCUGGCAGUGAAAACCCUGCCCUGCAGAGAAAAAAUAGGGCGGCUGUUGCUGAAAUAGCGCAUUGGAUUGUCCCAGGGCAUGGUCCAAAAUUCAAGGUGACAGAAGAAAUCAGGAACUCUUUAAGUAAACAAAUUUAG